AGAGAGAGGGAGAGAGGGGGGCUCUCCCUCUCACAAAUUCCAUUUUCCUCUGCGCUACAAAACAGAGGCCAAAGUGGUGCGGACAAAAGGGCUUCGCUUUUGUCGCUGGCCGCACCCAAAACGGAGCCCUUUCCCCGUUUCAAAACCCCCCACCACCCCCGCCCCCUACUUUCCCUGUCGCUGUAACUCCUCCACAUUGGUUAUAGCCUUCCAAGCGGUGUAGCCCAAAAAAUUGUGUGGUUAGGAAAGGGGAGAAAAGGGAGAGAUCUUAGCAGAUCUUGAACAGAGAGAGACAGAGGGAGAGCGACCACUCUCUUUCUCUCUUUCUUUUUUCUUCCAUUCAGGUGAAUGUUUUUGGAUCCAUAUGGAAGGUCGAUGAGAUAACCCCAUUUGGAGAUUUGAGAAGUCCUCCAAUUCCUUUGAUUGGGAGAGAUCCCACUGUUCUUUUCUGGUGUUUUUGAAAAAAUUGAUGAUUGCCCAUCUUGAGGUUUUGGCUCUUUUUCCAUAGCUGAAAACUUACAACCAUGGCAGAGACCUUUUCUGAACUUUAACUGUUUCUUUUUCUUUUUUCUUUACCUUUUUUUUUUUGUCUCACUUUUCUCCCCUUUUUUUUUUUCCUUCUUACCUCUCUCCAAGUUGUUGCUUUUGGGCUUCUAGCUCUUAUCUUCUCUGAUCUCUCCCUCCCUUCCUGUCUUCAUAUCCCAACCCAGCCUCCUUUUUCUUGAUUACUUAUUCUCAAAUUUUGCUGCUGCUGCUGCUGCUCUGCUGGCUCUGGUUUUUCGACAUGCUUAAAUAUUAGUUGGUGUUGAACCCUUUUAUUUAAUUGCUGUCGCCGCCGUGGAUGGCCGGCACGUCGCAAGAGGAGGGCUCGUCGUCGGUGCAGUGCUUCUCCGGAAUGUCGCUCUCGCCGUCCGCAAGCGGCUCCCCUUACCUGCCGUGGCUCCGCGAGCUGAAGUCCGACGAGCGCGGCCUCUGCCUCAUCCAAUUCCUCCUCAACUGCGCCAACCUCAUCGCCGCCGGCAAGCCCGACCAGGCCGACGCCUUGCUCGUGCACAUCUCCAUCCUCGCCUCCCCCGACGGCGACGCCAUGCAGCGCAUCGCCUCCUAUCUGGCCGUGGCCCUCAGCCUCCGCCUCCUCCGCUCUCUGCCCGGCGUCUCCCGCGUCCUCAUCCCCCUUUGCGCCGUCACCUUCCCCCUCGCCGAGGCCGUCGCCGCCCGGCGCCACUUCCUCGACCUCUGCCCCUUCCUCCACAUCGCCUUCGCCGUCUCCAACUGGGCCAUCUUGGAGGCCAUGGAGGAGGAGAAGAUGAUACAUAUCAUCGAUCUCAAUGCUUCCGACCCCACCCAGUGGAUCUCCCUCCUCCAGGCCCUCAGCAAGCGCCCCGGCGGCCCGCCUCACCUCCGAAUCACCGGCGUCCACGAGCACAAGGAGCUGCUCGGCCACACCGCCACCUGCCUCAACAAGGAGGCCGAGAGGCUCGACAUUCCCUUCCAGUUCAAUCCAGUCGUCAGCCGGUUGGACAAUCUCGACAUCGAGAGCCUCCGAGUCAAGACCGGCGAGGCGUUGGCGAUCAACUCGGUCCUUCAGUUGCACUGCUUGCUUGCCACCAAUGAUGAAGGCCGGAGCUCUCGGAUAAUGCCGAUGCCAGCAAUCCAGAAUCCCAACACGACUCAGCUUCAUGGUGUGAACCAGGCGACGCUGCGAGAAUUGCUCGAAAGGGAAGUCAUCAAUGGGUAUACACCGAGCCCGGACUCGGCUUUGUCGCCGCCGUUCGCUCUGGUGCCGGCGCCGAGGAUGGAGAGCUUCCUGGCGGUGCUCUGGGGCCUGUCGCCGAAGGUCAUGGUGAUCACGGAGCAGGAGUCGAACCACAAUUCGCCCAUGAUGAAUGAGAGGUUCACCAAGGCACUGUAUUUCUAUGCAGCACUGUUUGAUUGCCUGGAGUCGACGAUGCCGAGAAAUUCGGUGGAGCGGAUGAGGGUGGAGAAGCUGUUGGGAGAGGAGAUCAAGAACAUUAUAGCGUGCGAGGGGUUGGAGAGGACGGAGCGGCACGAGAAGCUGGAGAGGUGGGCGCAGAGGCUCGAGCUGGCCGGGUUCAGCAGGGUCUCCUUGAGCUACCAAGGGCUCCUGCAGGCGGGGAUGUUGCUGAGGAACUUCAAUUGUGAGAGUUACAAGCUGCUGAACAGUGACAAUGGCUGUAUCAUGAUGUACUGGCAAGAUCAGCCCCUUUUCUCGGUUUCAGCUUGGGGUUGCAGGAGGUAAAAUUGUAUUUUUUUUUUUGCUUUCUCUCCUCUCUAUCUCUCUCUUGUUUUCUUUUCUUUCCUUUCUCUUUUCUUUUUACCACCUUGUUUUUAUGAAUAUUUUGGUUUGAUCGAUGCUUCCUACCAUCUUCUGCUUAUGUAUAGGAAAUUUUCGCCCUUUUAGACUCACACCAUUUCGAGAAGAAUGUUGCUUGUAUAUUGAAAAGAUACUCUUGUAAUGUCCAUUAUCUGAAGUUGAUACUUUGUUUUCUUUUGUUUUCUUGGAAGUAUGGAGAAUGCGAACUUGAUCAGUGCUGUUUGGAUUGAUAUUUUGAUGGUAUGGUGAUAUUGGGAGUCUUGCAGCU